UCUCGCUGCACAGCCCGUACACUCCCUCCACUCCGCCCCACUCCAGACUCCACUGCCGCCAUGCUGCUGCUCCCCUGCUCCCCGCGCGUCCAUCUCCACCGCCUCUCCCCAACUCGCCGCCUCCCCCUCGCCUCUCCCUCCCCUCUUCCCGGCCGUCGCCUCCGCCGCUCCACAACCAUCCGCGCUGAGGCUGAAGCGCCGCCGCCGCCGCCACCUUCCUCCGCGGCGGAGCCAGAGCCCCCCGACGCCGGCGCCGUCGACGUCGAAGGCGAGGGCCCCGUGGAGCUCCGCGCCCCGAUGCUCUUCUCCACCGAUGACAAUCCCACCACGCUCCAGACCGCCACCAGCCUCCUCCUCACCGGCGCCAUCUCCAUCUUCCUCUUCCGCUCCCUCCGCCGCCGCGCCCGGCGCGCCAAGGAGCUGAGGGUGCGGUCGAGCGGGGUGAAGAAGCCCAACAAUCUCACCGAGGAGGCCCUGGAGGGGCUCAGGAUGAUGAGCGCCUCGCCGAUCGAGACCGAGAAGCCGCCGUCGCCCAUACAGGCUCUGCUGGGCGGGAUAGCGGCGGGAGUCAUCGCGGUCAUUCUCUACAAGUUCAGCACCACCAUAGAGGCCGCGCUCAACCGGCAGACCAUCUCCGACAGCUUCUCGGUUCGGCAGAUAACAAUCACAAUAAGAACAAUUAUCACUGGCCUGUGCUACCUAGCAACUUCUGUCUUUGGAAUCAACGCAGUGGGGUUAAUUUUGUAUUCCCUCCAGCUCACUUUUCAAUCUAUCAUGGACGAUGACUCAAGCAGCUCCUCCACAGGGAAGAUUAACGAACAAUCAAACACAAUGGCAUCAUCUGAUAGCUCCACAAGUAACAGGGAAUCAGCCAUUAGUGACUUACAGCAGAUAUCUGACAAGAGUAAAAACUCACCAGAGUAGCAGAGUUGGCCAUGCAAUAAAGUCGAGUUGGACAAUCAAUAGGUGGAUAACAGGAGCUGCCAAGCGGAAGCUGGUGUUGUGAAGUGUUUCGUUCUGGUGUGCCCCACAAGGCUCCUAGAGCUAUGAGGCAACUGGGCUUAGUUUCCAGCAUUUAUGUGUUAGUAAGGACUAAGGAGGUAGCAGCUAGUGUAUCGGUCUUCAUCCAUCUGUGGCUGCUCUGUGCAUCACUUUGUGCCACAAUUAAAAAAAACUUCAAAUAGAGUAGUCAUUUGUUCAACAUUGUGUAAAUCUUCUUCUGUAUAUUUGCACAUGUAUUCUUACUAUGAACAAAGACACCGGCAUUCUUUGGAUUUUUAAGCAAUUCAGUAGAAUAAAGGUUUAAAUGUAUAUGUUCCCUCCUCCAA